UCGCCGCACCCAAGCCUGCCCCCACGUGCACCGCUUUGCUCGCCAAUGCCCGCCGCUGUACCCCCCGAUCGGCAAAGGUCGUAAAUCCAGUAGCCUACUGGUUCAAGCACCGGUUGAACAACUUCAGCUUUUCCCUUGUUCCGCUCGGCAAGUCGUCCAGUCGUCCAGUCCCCUUAAAGCCCUGUCCUGCGCGGCGGGCGUCAGGCCCACCCGAGCGCAGUGAUGUGUGUCAUUCGUUCGACGAAUGCGUGAGAUGAGAAGCUCUCAUCGUCAUCCCGCCCCUUUGACGGCCCAUGCCGCCCAUGGCGCCCUGCAAUCCCUCUCCCUGCCCGCCAUAACGCCUCCUCAGCCGCAGUAGACCCCCUGCUUUCACACACGGAGGCCCCUCUCUCCGCCCGGCGCCCACCGCCCCAUCCUCCUCUUCUCCCCUCCCCUUUCUCCUCCAUGCACCCGCCAUCUUCCUCCUCCUCCUCCGCCGCCGCCGUUGCCGCCGGCGCGUGUCUCCCCCGGCCGUCUUGGCGCGGCGGGGUGCUGCUCAUCUACCUCGCCGUCGCCUCGGCUCUCACCACCGCGCUCCUGCUCCACCUGCCCGCCCCCCUCGCUGCUGCCACCACUUCCACCGCCACCCCCAUCACGACCUCCGUUCCCUGCGCGUCUGCCUCCCAAGAAGCUUCCAUCCAACGCAUCGGCAGCAAUGCAGAGUUCUCCUUCGAGCGGGACAUCAGCCUGCUUCUCCACACCAGCCCCCUCACCUUCGACCCCUUCGUGCCGCCGGACUUUGCGGAGCACCUGAACCAGACGCUGGACUUCCUCACCUUCUUCUCCACGGGGCUCUCCUCCCAGGCCACCCUUGCGCAAACCCGUGCGCAGCACCCCGAGCAGGAGUUUCUGACGCUGGCAGCGCUGAUGGCGCGGCACGGGCACGCGUACGUGGACGUGCUGAAGCUGGACUGCGAGGGGUGCGAGGAGGACGUCCUGCUCGACCUCGCCACCACCACAGCCACCCGCCAGUUGCCCCGCGUGGAGUGGCAGAGGGAGGAGGAGGAGGAUGUGGGGGUUGAGCGGAGGGGAGGAACGAAGGGAUUAGCGGCCGUGGGGUUUGUGAGAGGCGGUGGAGAGGGCAUGGUGCGAGACGGGGAGAUUGACAAAGUUCCACCGGUUGGCCAGAUUCUAGUGGAGAUGCACAGGGUGCACAACGCAUCGGCCACGCUGCCGGUGGUGCGGCAGCUGGAGAGCGUGGGGUACCGGCUGUUCCACUCGGAGUCCAACCCGUACGACCCCAAAACCUGCAUGGAGCUCGCCUUUAUUCACCGCCGCCUCGUGCUGCCCCCGGGUCGAUAGCUGCUAUGCUGCAUGGCGCGGGCUCUCAGGCUUGGUGCCGUGUGUAGAGCACUGCACUUGACCAGGAUGCAUGCCGACAAACCAGCGAGCUGCCAUUCGUAACUUGGCUGAAGGCCACUUGUUAAUCUGCAUAGCCUGCAGAAGCCAUGCUAUUUACCAGUGGCCAGAGCUAGUCACAUGGUUGACCCGAGCCUGAAUGCACUACUGGUACCGUAUGUCGGUGUGCAAUGCAUACUACCAGCAAGUGUUGUACAGGACUGAUGCAGGAGUGCUAUUGUGAAGGUUGAGCAAUGCAGCAACUCGCAAGUCCAUGGUGUGCUGAAACACGGAAUCAGGGCCUCAGAUUCAUUUAGA